CUUCAUUAACCAUGUUUGUUAGAUCGUUAGGUCGUUUUGGUGCGACUCCAAGAGCUUUCAUUAAGCCUCAAUUGCUAAGAAGUGUUCCUAUUGGCGUGCGUUUCAAUUCGUCCCAAUCGACACCACCCCCUCCUCCAAAUGAAACUGAUUUAAAAGCUAAGAUCUUGAUGAUUUUUGGUGCUUUGGCCGUAGGUAGUUCGAUUGGUGCUUGGUAUUUCAAAGAUAAAGAAGAACCCAAAUCUGCAUUUGAACCCAAAAGGAGUCCAGCCUUUGCCGAUAAUAAGAUCUCAGUUAUAUUUGUAUUAGGUGGACCGGGUGCCGGUAAAGGUACUCAAUGUGCUAAAUUAGUUAAUGAACAAGGAUUUGUUCAUUUAUCGGCUGGUGAUUUAUUACGUGCUGAACAACAAAGACCAGGUUCUAAAUACGGAGAAUUGAUUGCUCUGUACAUUAAAGAAGGUACCAUUGUCCCUCAAGAAAUCACCAUUGCCUUAUUAGAGCAAGCUAUUAAAGAUCAGUAUUCUCAAGGUGCUGUUCGCUUCUUGGUUGAUGGGUUCCCUAGAAAAAUGGAUCAGGCCCUUACUUUCGAGGAGCAAAUCGCCAAAUCCUCCUUCACGCUUUUCUUUGAGUGUCCUGAAAGUGUCAUGUUGGAAAGAUUAUUACAAAGAGGUAAAACUAGUGGCAGAACUGACGAUAAUAUCGAAAGUAUUAAAAAGAGAUUCAAAACUUUCAUCGAUACCUCAAUGCCAGUGGUGGACCAUUUUGAAAAACAGGGCAAGGUCGUCAAAGUUAGAUGUGACCAACCUGUUGAUGAUGUUUACACCAAGGUUAAAGAAGCCUUGGUCUCUAAAGGUAUCAAUUAAUUGAUUAAGUAUAUUUUUGUAUAUGUCGGGCGUGUAUAUACCAACAGUUGUUGGAAUAAAACAAGUUUAUAUCU